AUGCCAGCUGGGGUGACUUGGGGGCAGUACAUGAGAUUCUUCAUUGCAGCCAUGCUCUCCAUGGCCGCAGGAGCACAAGUUGUUCACAAUUACUACAAGCCAAUGAAGGAUCUCGACGCAUACGUGGCUCAGGAGCUGCAGCAAUUGCAAUCCGGAAGUACUUCUUCUUCUGGGAAGAAAUUGGACAACAGUUAGCUGGAAUUAGAAUUAGUUGGAAUGUUUUAGUUUAUCAAAAUGUUAAUAAAUUUUUAAAUUAUAGAAAAAA